AUGACAUUGACGCGAGCGCUGGCAGACAAUGAAGCUACACUGUUGUUGCACGCCCUGCUCUCGGAAUUGGACGCGGUGCGGUGGCGUGAUGGCGCCUCCAAGGUGGUCAACUGCACCACGUUCCCGGACACUUGUGCGCAGCACGACGUCACUUCCUUCCCGGCGAUCAGGCUUUAUCAACGUGGGCAGUCCAUGAUCCGGUACCGGGGCGCCCGUAAGGCAUCGUGCAUCACCUCGUUCCUUCGUCGCAUCAAGCAACCGGCCGUGACUCGCCUCCACGACGAGACGCUCGAUGCGUUCGCCUCGUCCGAUUCGGUAGUCUUCAUCGCGCAUCUGGGUCGCGGUGGCGAUAGUAGUACCGCCACGCGCCUCUCAUCGCUGGCUGACGCUUACCGCGACCGCUACUCGUUCGGUAUCGCGCAGGGGAGCCCCUCGGAUCCCAGUGUCCUGCGCUGCUAUAACAACGAGGACGGGAUGCAGCACCAGGGGGCUGACCUUGACCAGCUGGGCGCCUUGGAGGCACUGCUCGAGGUGUGCGUAGAGCCACUCAUCCCCGAGAUGAGCCGCCGCAACGAGCUCAAAUACACACAGGCGAGCAGGAGCAUCGUGUACUUCCUGAGCUCCGACACAGGCGAGCGCGAGGCAUAUGUCGCGGCGAUGAGGCCCCUCGCCAAGCGGCUUCGCGAAUACCUCCAAUUUGUGACGGUGGACUCGGGCGAGUUUCCGGACAUGUCGCACGCGCUCGGCGUCGCAGCCAAUCGCGGACUCGUCGUGGAGAACCUGCACACCGGCCAGGUGUAUCCUUUCCGGGCGGCGGAGCGAGAGCUCAGGGCCACGGCCAGCGCGCAGCAUCGAAUACCGACGCCCGACGCGGUGGAAGACUUUAUCACGGCCAUUGCGCAAGGACAGAUUGAACCGUGGAAUGGGCGAUAUGACGAUGGUGAGGAGUCGAUGCGUCGUCGUGAUGGUGCUACUGAUGCGUCGAGGCACGAGGAGCUGUGAUGGAAUGGGACGGGGAAAGCGCACAGUACGAACUACGUUACUAGCCCUUGCCGGGGGCUGUGCGUGUUUUGAAUAUCGUACGGAGGGGUUCUGUACCUAUGUAUAC